UAAAUUUUAAUAAGUAAAAUAAAAAAAAAAACAGUUUUUAUAAAAUGUUCGGAAUGCUAGCAUUGGUGGCAGCUGAAAAUAAUAGUCACACAAAUGAAAAAAUAAAAAGACGGAUUUUAAGAGAUUGCAGCAAUCCGUUAGAUUUGAAUGAGUCGACCUUUAUAAAUUAUUAUAGGGUGAACAAAGAUGCUUUUUGCAUGCUGGUAAAAGUCGUUACACCGCACGUUAAGUUAUCAUCCAUACCAAGUUCUAUUCAGUUGGCCUGCAAAUUGCGUUUUUUAGCGGAAGGGGGCAUUCAAAAAGCGGUAGGCAUCGACAAGCAAAUAGCUUUGGGUAGGAGCACUGCUGGAAAAAUUUUGACAAAUGUUAUCGCAAUUUUGGAAAAGCGCAUCUGUCCAUCAUAAAUGCGUCUAAACGCCACUUUAUGCAAAAAUUUGGGAUUCCGGGUGUGGUAGGUUGUGUGGACGGAACACAUAUGACAAAGCCUCAUCGUGACCACCACCUUUUUUAUAAUAGGAAAGGCUAUUUCAGCAUUAACGCCAUGAUAGUAAGGACUUUCAAGUUCUUUUUGAAAUUUCUUUUCAAUAUGCUGCUCUUUUGUACAGAUUUGCGACUACAAAAUGACGAUUAGAGCAGUGAAUACUAGGCGCGCUGGUUCUUGCCACGAUUUACUAAUAUGGUGCGUAAGCAAGGCGCACGACUACUUCUGCCAGUGCUAUGAGAGCGGUGAACGUGGAAGUUGGCUUAAUUUAACGUGAAACACGCAUCUGCAGUCUAGCCCGACUUCUUCAAUACCAGCCCGAAAAAGUUUCCAAAAUGAUUAAUGUAUGCUGUGCGCUACAUAAUAUUUGUAGAUACUACAAGGUACAGGAUGUCGAGGACGUUCACUUUGCUAAUGAAGGUGAAGAGGAACUAAGUGAAAUAUCGGCUAGUAGAGAAGCAAAUACAAUAAGAGAUGACAUUGCUAAUAGCUUGCGUUAAUAGUAUUU